AAACAGGUGAUGUCAUAAUGCAUAGUCCUGUGGCCACGGCCAUGGCCGGGUGGGGAGCUGGGCUCCAGUGAUCACUGCACAGCGCUCCAUGCCAGUAGGCGAUGCAAGUUAUCUCCGGGGCCCGGAGGACACGAGUGAGGACCGGGCACCAAUCAGGUUCUCGCUCUGCGCCUGCCUUUGUUCUCACUCGGGAGCAGGUUGCGAGCGUCUAGCAUCGGGAACCCGCAUUCGACUCCGACGCGCAUUGCUAGCCCCUUCGGGAGACCUGGCUCCCCUACCCGUCUGUCCCCCCACACUCGGUCAGCCUGCGCUUUCCCCAAUCAAGUCUGCCUUCUCUCCGCAGAACGUGGAAGCUAAAACCCUGACUCACCAUUCUAAGCUUUGGAAGAGGAUAAAAGAAUCAGAGUAUCUCAACCCUUGACAAGAGGACCAAGUGCCUUUAUUCCAGAGAAGGAAGUUGUCCAAGCAAACACAGUGGAUGAACGUACUAACUUUCUUGUGGAAGAAUACUCUACAUCCGGUCGUCUGGACAACAUCACACAGGUCAUGAGUUUGCACACUCAGUACCUGGAGUCUUUCUUGCGGAGCCAGUUUUACAUGUUGCGCAUGGAUGGUCCCCUUCCUCUACCAUACAGGCACUAUAUUGCAAUAAUGAAACUUGUCAAAACUGGAGAAAAUAAUUGGUCUCUGCCUGAACUGGUACAUGCUGUGGUCCUACUGGCACAUUAUCAUGCUUUGGCAAGCUUUGUUUUUGGUAGUGGUAUCAAUCCAGAGAGAGAUCCAGAAAUCUCCAAUGGAUUCACGCUAAUAUCAGUCAACAAUUUCUGCGUUUGUGAUCUUGCUAAUGACAACAACAUAGAGAAUGCAUCUCUUUCAGGCGGCAACUUUGGGAUUGUGGAUUCUCUAAGUGAGCUAGAGGCCUUAAUGGAAAGGAUGAAAAGACUUCAAGAAGAAAGGGAAGAUGAAGAGGCGUCUCAGGAAGAAAUGAGCACUCGUUUUGAAAAGGAGAAGAAAGAAAGUCUUUUUGUGGUCUCUGGAGAUACUUUUCAUUCAUUUCCUCAUUCAGAUUUUGAGGAUGACAUGAUUAUAACAUCUGAUGUCUCUCGAUACAUUGAAGACCCUGGUUUUGGUUAUGAAGACUUUGCGAGACGAGGAGAAGAGCAUUUGCCAACAUUCCGAGCUCAGGACUAUACCUGGGAAAAUCAUGGGUUCUCCCUGGUGAACAGACUUUAUUCUGACAUUGGACAUCUUCUUGAUGAAAAGUUUCGGAUGGUCUACAAUCUCACAUAUAACACUAUGGCCACCCAUGAGGAUGUUGACACAACCAUGCUGCGCAGAGCUUUAUUUAACUACGUUCACUGUAUGUUUGGAAUCAGGUAUGAUGACUAUGAUUAUGGAGAAGUUAAUCAAUUACUUGAAAGAAGCCUGAAGGUUUACAUUAAAACAGUGACCUGCUAUCCUGAGAGGACUACAAAACGCAUGUAUGAUAGUUACUGGCGGCAGUUCAAACACUCAGAAAAGGUUCAUGUCAAUCUACUUUUAAUGGAAGCACGAAUGCAAGCUGAACUUCUCUAUGCUCUUCGUGCCAUAACUCGGCAUUUGACCUGAAGUAUCACCCAAGGAAAAUGUCAUACAUGUGUAAAGACCUUUCACAUAAGAUAAAUAUCAGAAGCUAUUUGUGAUAUAACAUCAAAAAUUAUUCAGUUCUCUAAUGUCAAAGUUUAGCCGUUUGUUUUUUGUUUUUGUUUUUUGCGGCUGUAAUGUGCAAUGAUGUGUUUUAUUUUCCUUGAUGCUUAACAUUACUAACAAUUGCAAAAAUAAUACUGAGGAGCACUACUUUGCAUUGUUUAUAGUUGGAGUUUUGGAUACUGAUCAUAAAUCAUGAAUCUGGCUUAUUAAUGCUUAA